UACUGAUGGAACUAGUAUUGAAAAUGUGUCAAACAUUGAAAACAGUGAUUUGAAAUUGUUGUUCGCCAAUUCUGUAAGUGCCACAGAAUCAUUCACCGAUAUUGUGAGUAGUAUCGACAAAAUAUCAGACAUUUCUUCGGCAGAAGAUGAUAUUGUCACUGAGAGCACAUCAGAAAAUUUCAUGAUUGGUUAUGAGUCUCAAGAAGCCUUCGCCACUCAAAUUUUAGCACCGGUAACGGAAUCUCUUCCAAUAAGCGCAUCGAUAACCGAUAUAAUCACUGAAACCGUGACGGAAAUUGGUAGAACUGAUAUUUAUAUCACUGACUCUCUAAAUAGUGACGGUGAAAUUGUCGACACACACGUUCCUCCAACAACAUUUACUAAUAAUGUCACUGAAAUUGUGAUGGACGUUGGUAAAUCUGGAAAUUACCCUAUUGUUGAUAGCAACGAUAUUGGAGAUAAACGCUAUAACAUGUUUAAUAAAGACACAGCUCUUUCCGAUAAUCAGAAGCGACUUCAUACUACAGUAAUGUAUGAAAUUUCUGUAACUGACGUUGUCACCGAAAUUUUAACAAUGGAGUCACUUGACAAUGAAGAUUUCAGUGAAUCUGUCGGAAAAAAUGACAGAACAUUGACUAUAUUUGAUACCGUUCCUCGAACUCAACCUGACACUAAUAUUGAUAUCGCAACAAAAUAUGAUGUUACAGAUACAAUUGUUUUUGAUGCUAGUAAGCAUCCUGUUACAGAUCUCGUGACCUACUGGACAACAUCACCAGAUUCUACAGAGAAAUUUGCAGUAACAGAUUUGGAGAUUUACACUGAAUUGAUGACAGAAUUAAUAAGUGUCCACGAUACCAAUCUACCAAAUAUUGUAACAAACAGUGUUCGUGUUAGUGAAAAUGUAGCAACGAAUGAGAUGAAUGCAACAGACAUCAUGAUGGUCACUGGUAUCGUCACAGAGAUUGGUAGUACUGUGGUUGAUACAAUAUAUCCGGACAGAGUUAUCAUAUCUGAGUCUGCAUCCAACACCAGCAGUGUAACUGCAAAAUGGACAAUCAUAGAUGGUAUAGCUGAUUAUUUUGAAGUAAAUUGUUCAGAUGGAAGGCCAGAACAUCAACGAAUGUUGUUUAGUGACUCCUUUACUGCUACUUGCUCAGGUAUUGAGUCUGGACGAACAGUAAACAUAAAUGUGACUGCAGUGAGUGGAAAGAAAAGAGGAGAGACAAUGACACUCGCCAUCACAACAUUUCCAGAAGGAGUAAUAUUAUUUGAAACUGCAUCCAACACCAGCAGUGUAACUGCAGAAUGGACAAUCAUAGAUGGUGUAGCUGAUUAUUUUGAAGUAAAUUGUUCAGGUGGAAGGCCAGCACAUCAUCGAACGUUGUUUAGUGACGCCUUCACUGGUACUUGCUCAGGUAUUGAGUCUGGAAGAACAGUAAACAUAAGUGUGACUGCAGUGAGUGGAACGAAAAAAGGAGAAACAAUGACACUUGCCAUCACAACAUAUCCAGAAAGUGUAAUAUUAUUUGAGACUGUAUCCAACACUAGCAGUGUAAGUGCAGAAUGGACAACCAAAGAUGGCGUUGCUAAUUAUUUUGAAGUAAAUUGUUCAGAUGGAAGGCCAGCACAUCAACGAACGUUGUUUAAUGACACCUUCAGUGCUACUUGCUCAGGUAUUGAGUCUGGAAAAAUAGUAAACAUAAGUGUGACUGCAGUGAGUGGAACAAAAAGAGGAGAAACAAUGACACUUGCCAUCACAACAUAUCCGGAAAAAGUAAUAUUAUUUGAGACUACAUCCAACACCAGCAGUGUAACUGCAAAAUGGACAAUCAUAGAUGGCGUUGCUGAUUAUUUUGAAGUAAAUUGUUCAGAUGGAAGGCCAGCACAUCAACGAACGUUGUUUAGUGACGCCUUCACUGCUACUUGCUCAGGUAUUGAGUCUGGACGAACAGUAAACAUAAGUGUGACUGCAGUGAGUGGUACAAAAAGAGGAGAAAUAAUGAUACUCGCCAUCACAGCAUAUCCAGAAAGAGUAAAUUUAUUAGAAAGUGCAUCCAACACCAGCAGCAUAAGUGCAGAAUGGACAAUCAUAGAUGGCGUUGCUGAUUAUUUUGAAGUAAAUUGUUCAGAUGGAAGGCCAGCACAUCAACGAACGUUGUUUAGUGACGCCAUUACUGCUACUUGCUCAGGUAUUGAGUCUGGAAGAACAGUAAACAUAAGUGUGACUGCAAUGAAUGGAAAGAAAAGAGGAGAAACAAUGACACUCGCCAUCACAACAUAUCCAGAAAGAGUAAUAUUAUUUGAGACUGCAUCCAACACCAGCAGUGUAAGUGCAAAAUGGACAAUCAUAGAUGGCGUAGCUGAUUAUUUUGAAGUAAAUUGUUCAGAUGGAAGGCCGGAACAUAAUCGAACGUUGUUUAAUGACGCUUUCACUGCCACUUGCUUAGGUAUUGAGUCUGGACGAACAGUAAACAUAAAUGUGACUGCAGUGAGUGGUACGAAAAGAGGAGAAACAAUGACACUCGCCAUCACAACAUAUCCAGAAAGAGUAAUAUUAUUUGAGACUGUAUCCAACACCAGCAGUGUAAGUGCAGAAUGGACAAUCAUAGAUGGCGUUGCUGAUUAUUUUGAAGUAAAUUGUUCAGAUGGAAGGCCAGCACAUCAACGAACGUUGUUUAGUGAUGCCUUCACUGCUACUUGCUCAGGUAUUGAGUCUGGACGAACAGUAAACAUAAGUGUGACUGCAGUGAGAGGAAGGAAAAGAGGAGAGACAAUGACACUCGCCAUCACAACAUAUCCAGAAAGAGUAAUAAUAUUUGAGACUGUAUCCAACACCAGCAGUGUAAGUGCAGAAUGGACAAUCAUAGAUGGCGUUGCUGAUUAUUUUGAAGUAAAUUGUUCAGAUGGAAGGCCAGCACAUCAACGAACGUUGUUUAGUGAUGCCUUUACUGCUACUUGCUCAGGUAUUGAGUCUGGACGAACAGUAAACAUAGGUGUGACUGCAAUGAGUGGAAAGAAAAGAGGAGAGACAUUGACACUCGCCAUCACAACAUAUCCAGAAAGAGUAAUAAUAUUUGAGACUGUAUCCAACACCAGCAGUGUAAGUGCAGAAUGGACAAUCAUAGAUGGCGUAGCUGAUUAUUUUGAAGUAAAUUGUUCAGAUGGGAGGCCAGCACAUCAACGAACGUUGUUUAGUGACGCCUUUACUGCUACUUGCUCAGGUAUUGAGUCUGGACGAACAGUAAACAUAAGUGUGACUGCAAUGAGUGGAAAGAAAAGAGGAGAGACAAUGACACUCGCCAUCACAACAUAUCCGGAAAGAGUAAUAUUAUUUGAGACUGCAUGCAACAUCAGUAGUGUAACUGCAAAAUGGACAAUCAUGGAUGGCGUUGCUGAUUAUUUUGAAGUAAAUUGUUCAGAUGGAAGGCCAGCACAUCAACGAACGUUGUUUAGUGACGCUUUCACUGCUACUUGCUCAGGUAUUGAGUCUGGAAGAACAGUAAACAUAAGUGUGACUGCAAUGAGUGGAAAGAAUAGAGGAGAGACAAUGACACUCGCCAUCACAACAUAUCCAGAAAGAGUAAUAUUAUUUGAGACUGUAUCCAACACCAGCAGUGUAAGUGCAGAAUGGACAAUAAUAGAUGGCGUAGCUGAUUAUUUUGAAGUAAAUUGUUCAGAUGGAAGGCCAGCACAUCAACGACCGUUGUUUAGUGACUCCUUUACUGCUACUUGCUCAGGUAUUGAGUCUGGACGAACAGUAAACAUAAGUGUGACUGCAGUGAGUGGAAAGAAAAGAGGAGAGACAAUGACACUCGCCAUCACAACAUAUCCGGAAAGAGUAAUAUUAUUUGAGACUGUAUCCAACACCAGCAGUGUAAGUGCAGAAUGGACAAUCGUAGAUGGCGUAGCUGAUUAUUUUGAAGUAAAUUGUUCAGAUGGGAGGCCAGUACAUCAACGAACGUUGUUUAGUGAUGCCUUUACUGCUACUUGCUCAGGUAUUGAGUCUGGAAGAACAGUAAACAUAAGUGUGACUGCAGUGAGAGGAAGGAAAAGAGGAGAGACAAUGACACUCGCCAUCACAACAUAUCCACCUGAAGUUAUUUUAUCCGAAGUAACUUCCAAUACAAGCAGCGUCACCGCCAACUGGACGAUAAUGAGCGGAUUUGUAGAUUAUUUUGACAUUUCAUGUUCUUCAGGAAUUCCAGAGAAAUCAAAAACGUCUUUCGACGGGGUUCAUUUGGUGACAUGCAGUAAUGCUGAACCUGGAAGAAAUGUAGAAAUAAAUGUUACUGCUGUGUGUGGCACGAAACGAGGAAAAACAGACUCGAUAACGAUUACAGCUAUUCCAGCUGAAGUAUCUCUCCACAAAUUUUCAUCAACGAUUAACUCGGUGACAGCUAGUUGGUCUCCUCCACGUGGGGAUGCAGGUUAUUAUACGGUAAUAUGUGUUGAAGGGGGUGAAGUUUUGUUACCGAAUGAUGGGCCAAUUGUUGCUGCCAGUGGGAAUAUCCUGAGGGCGUCUUGCAUCGAUUUGCCAGUUGCGGGGAAAUUUUACACUUUAGGAGUGUAUACACAUAGCAAUGGACUGCAAAGUUCGAUGUCAACUAUUAGGAUUUCAACAGAUCGGCUGAGUUUCCUACUAAUUGAAGGCGGUUCCACAACAUCGACCGUGAGCGCAUCGUGGGAACCACUUGGAGCUAGUACGGUUGACCAAUAUAAGAUAUCAUGUUCUCAGGGUCGUGCUUCACCAUCUGAAGUAGGUUCCUUGGAUCUACCAAAAGCAAGCUGUAUUGAUUUACCUACUCCAGGCUCUAUGUACAGUAUGACAGUAACGGUCAUCAAAGACAGUUUACCACUGGAAACAUCUCAGCCUUUUUUCCUAACUACAUUGCCCGAUAGGGUCGAACUUAGGAAGGUCUCAAGUACACAAGAUUCAAUAACAUGCGAGUGGGACUUGCCCGCUGGAGAAGUGGAUUUCUUUGAAGUCCGAUGUAGUGAUGGAAAAGUUGAGAAUCCUAAAGUUUUUGUUAACGAUGAUCCAUUCUUGAGAGCUUCAUGUACAGAUUUAACAGUGGAAGGCAAAUAUACUGUAUACGUUAUAUCGGUUAGCAACGGAAAACGCAGCACGCCUGCGUCCUCUAUAACUAUUGAAACAGCAAUAUCAUCAAGUGAAAAUAGUACAACAAUUGCUGUUGUAAUAGGAUCAAUUGCCUUAAUACUAUUUUUAAUAGCAAUUAGUUUUAUCGCAUACGAGUACAAGAAAAAAAAGUCAAGGGAAAGAAAUUCGGUUGAAGCCGCAAGAAAUAUGAGGUCGCCGGUGACAAAUCAGUUGUAUGCUGCUGCAUCUGACGCUCUUAUGCUGACCGAAGUUCACGGAUAUCUUGAAUCAGAUGACCAGUUGUACUUGUCGGUAUUUCAACAGGUUGAAUAUGAGAUAAUUACCGACGAUGUGUUCGAAUAUCCAAUUGAAGAUAUUAAAUUUUUGGAAGAACUCGGCAAAGGGGCUUUUGGUAAAGUUUUUAAAGCUCACGCUAAGAAUAUUGCCGGAAAAUCGAGUGUUACCACGGUUGCAGUGAAAAUGUUGCAAGAUGGUGUUGGCGAAGAUGAUAAGAAAGAUUUUGACAAUGAAUUAGCACUGAUGAAAAAGAUGGCUCCUCAUCCCAACAUCAUCCGUCUACUUGGGGCAUGCACGCGUAUUGGCACACAAAUAAUAAUCGUAGAAUACGCCGCCAACGGUGCAUUACUAUCCUACUUGCGAUCGAGCCGUACCAGUGAUCCAGUCUAUUGUAACAUUCACAAGAAAAGUUCCAGAAUGUCAACCCCUGACCUAAUUCAAAUGGCUCUACAAGUUGCGAAAGGAAUGGUGUACAUUUCAUCACUAAAUAUUAUCCACAGGGAUUUGGCGGCAAGGAAUAUCUUAGUCAACGAAAAUCUUGUUUGUAAAAUUUCUGAUUUUGGUCUUUCGCGCCAAGCUUGUGAGUUUACCGAUACGUAUGUCAAAUCAGCCAAACGGGCCCGACUGCCCGUUCGGUGGAUGGCAUACGAAGCUAUUUUUGAAGGUAUAUACACAUCCAAGAGCGAUGUUUGGUCGUACGGUGUUUUAUUGUGGGAGAUCGUUACUCAGGGUGACGAUCCGUAUGCAGGGAAGAAAGCUAAAGAUGUGUUACACAGCCUAAAGCAAGGAUAUCGGAUGCAAAGACCACAACAUUGUAGCCCGGAACUGUAUGACGUCAUGUUACAAUGCUGGGAUCAGGAGCCUGGCAGACGGCCUACGUUUGUGAACAUCUUUAAGCAGCUUGACAAGUUGAUGACGGAAGAUUCAGACUACCUCGUACUGGAUACUAAUGAGCAGGCAGUUUAUGAUGACCUGAAUCAGGCUAGUCUUGACUGGGAGGUGAAUUGAACGAUAAACAUGCGAGUGAUUCACCAACAAGCCCAGUAUUUUUCUCUUCAUCACCAAACGUAUGGAAUCCGGUGAUAAGCCUAUUUCAUCACCAAUAAUUUUCGGUAGCUUUAAGUUCUCUCGACGAUUUUAUUAGAGUUUUUCGUCAAACUACGUCUGCCAAUUCGGAAGAAGCUAGGGUUAAUAGGUAAGAAGUUAGACCAGGACGCAAUAUUGAAGUCAUUUCGGUCUGAGCACGAUUGUAGGCCCCUUACAUGGACUUUUAUUUGCAAAACUGCUAGGCCUAUCUGUUGAUAUUCUGUCCCGGUACUCAGAUACACGAACCCAUAUACGAACAAACCACAACAGAUACAUACAGAGGUAUAGGGUUACUUCGACGAGCAAAUUGACCAGUAGUCUAAGUCCGUAUGAUUAUGAUGUACUAGCUUAAAGAGCGACAUCCAAUUUGUAUAUUUGAACUAAAAUUAAUAUUAGGCCUCAGAUUGUAUCUAGAAACAUUAGGUGAGCAGGCUAAAGUAUCAAAUUAUAAAGUUUUUUUGUGUUUUGUGUAAAGAACGUUAGAAUAAUGUAACUAAAUAAUAAUAAUAUAUAAUAUAAGGUAACAUAAAUGAUUUAUUUAUACAUCUUCUAAUAAAUGUUAGAUCCCGGUA